AUGUCCUCGACAGUACCUGAACAAGCGCCCAUCUCGCACGACGCAUCGGAGAAAGAACCUCCUGAGGCAUCCGGAGCUGGUCCAGCCCCGGAUGGAGGCCUCCGUGCCUGGCUUGUGGCGGCUGGUGCGGCAUCAGUCUUCCUCUGCACCCUUGGUCUCGCCAACUCUUUCGGCACCUUCGAAGAAUACUACCUGACCCAUCAAUUGAAACGCGAGACAGCUUCCGCCAUCUCGUGGAUCGGCUCACUGCAAUCCUUUCUGCAAUUCUUCUCGGGCAUGGUGGGGGGCCCGCUCUUUGAUCGCUUUGGCCCCAAGAUCUUCUGGCCCUCCGCCAUCGUCUACAUUAUCGCCCUGAUGAUGCUGAGUCUGUGCAAGACCUAUUGGGAGGCCAUGCUCGUGCAGGGUGUUCUGAUGGGUCUGGUCAUGGGCUUUCUGCAGAUUCCGGCCUUCGCGGCGGUGUCGCAAUAUUUCGACAAGAAACGGGCUGCAGCCUUGGGCCUUGCCGUGGCCGGGUCCUCCAUUGGCGGAGUCAUCAUGCCCAUUAUCCUGUCCAAGGGUUUCAAUGGCUCGUCAUUGGGCUUUGGGUGGACGAUACGCGUGGUCGCCUUCCUCAUGCUGCCGUUCAUGGGGUUUUCCUGUGUCGCUAUCAAGUCGCGAGUCCCGCCGCGCAGAACCCGUUUCUUCCUGCUGGCUCCCUACAAGCAGCCGCGCUUUAUCAUGCUCUUCACGGCGCUCUUCUUCAUGUUCGUCGGCAUGUUCACCCCGAUGUUCUACCUUACCACCUAUGCCACCACCAAAGGCAUGGGCGCGACGCUGGCCGGGUACCUGCUCGCCCUUGUGAAUGCCGCCUCCACCAUCGGCCGCAUUGUGCCAGGGGUGCUGGCCGAUAGGUAUGGUCGCCUGAACACGUUCGCCAUCGGCGGGGUGGCCACCGGCAUCUUGGUCUUCUGUAUGACCAGCACCACCAGCAACGCCGGCUUGAUCGUCUACGCCAUCCUCUUCGGCUUCUGCUCGGGCACCAUCGUCUCGGGCGCCUCAGCCACCUUCUCCAGCUGCCCCGACAACCCGCAGGAUAUCGGCACCUACAUGGGGAUGGGAAUGGCCAUUUCGGGGCUCGGAGCGCUGGUCGGUCCCCCCAUCAAUGGCGCCAUCCUCGCUCGGUAUGGGAGUUAUUUCGAAUGCUGCAUGUUCAGCGGUGCGAUGGGGGUGGUUGGCGGCUUUAUUGCCUUUGCGGCUAAGCUGACGACCAGGGAGGGUCUUUGGGGAUUGACUUGA